UGAGAGAGACAACCCCAAGGCAAGGGCGUUUGGGGAGCUGCUGCGGAGCCAGGGGCUUGGAGGAGCGAGGGAUGUAUUUUCAGCUGCGCCUCCAAAGGGGAGAAUUCUCUGUCACCACCAGAGAGACAACAGCCCCAAAAUGUGACUACAAUUGAGUAGCUUAGCAGAGGCCUGGAGUCUCUGAAUUGGUAGCUUAGAAUAUGCUAAAAAGCCAACGCUUUCCAUGGGGAAUUGAGGGGCCAGCUGGUCACUGUGACAGGGACCUGGAGCAAGGGAGUCAGAAGACAGCUGUAGAAAGCAAGAGAGAUCUUCCAAGGGGCUGACCUGGAUUGGCAAGGGCUGGCUCCUGCCACGCAAUUGUUGCAGCUCUGAUGGAACGCUGGUGAGGCCCCACCCAGGGGAGGAAGUGGGGCUGUGCAAGGGGCUGCCUGGUGAACCAGCACUCCUGUGGGUCUGACUGACCCGUAAUCCCUGCUUAGGAACUUGAGGGGUGUCAGAGCCCCUUGUGUGCUCUCCCUCAGGAAGAUGAGGACUCUGAACACCUCUACAAUGGAUGGGGCUGGGCUGGUGGUGAAGAGGGACUUCUCCUUCCGCAUCCUCACAGCCUGUUUCCUGUCGCUGCUCAUCCUGUCCACGCUCCUGGGGAACACGCUGGUCUGUGCCGCCGUCAUCAGGUUCCGACACCUGCGGUCCAAAGUGACCAACUUCUUCGUUAUCUCCCUGGCUGUAUCAGAUCUCUUGGUGGCUGUUCUGGUCAUGCCCUGGAAAGCGGUGGCCGAGAUAGCUGGCUUCUGGCCCUUUGGGUCCUUCUGUAACAUCUGGGUGGCCUUUGACAUCAUGUGCUCCACUGCGUCCAUCCUCAACCUCUGUGUGAUCAGUGUGGACAGGUAUUGGGCUAUCUCCAGUCCCUUCAGGUAUGAGAGGAAGAUGACCCCCAAGGCAGCCUUCAUUCUGAUCAGUGUGGCAUGGGCCUUGUCUAUACUCAUCUCCUUCAUCCCAGUGCAGCUCAGCUGGCACAAGGCGAAACCUACAAGCCCCUCCGAUGGGAAUGCCACUUCCCUGGGCGAGACCAUGGACAACUGUGAUUCCAGCUUGAGCAGGACAUAUGCCAUUUCAUCCUCCCUUAUAAGCUUUUACAUCCCUGUGGCCAUCAUGAUUGUCACCUACACCAGGAUCUACAGGAUCGCCCAGAAACAAAUACGGCGCAUCUCGGCAUUGGAGAGGGCAGCAGUCCAUGCCAAGAACUGCCAGACCACCACAGGUAAUGGAAACCCCGUGGAGUGUUCUCAGCCAGAAAGCUCCUUUAAGAUGUCCUUCAAAAGAGAGACUAAAGUUCUGAAGACUCUGUCAGUGAUCAUGGGGGUGUUUGUGUGCUGCUGGCUUCCUUUCUUUGUCUUGAACUGCAUGGUGCCCUUCUGUGGGUCUGGCGAGACCAAGCCGUUCUGCAUUGAUUCCAUCACCUUUGACGUGUUUGUGUGGUUUGGCUGGGCUAAUUCCUCCUUGAACCCCAUCAUUUAUGCCUUUAAUGCUGAUUUUCGGAAGGCAUUUUCAACCCUCUUAGGAUGCUACAGACUUUGCCCUGCCACAAAUAACGCCAUAGAGACGGUUAGCAUCAAUAACAAUGGGGCCGUGGUGUUUUCCAGCCAUCAUGAGCCACGAGGCUCCAUCUCCAAGGACUGCAAUCUGGUUUAUCUGAUCCCACAUGCCGUGGGCUCCUCUGAGGACCUGAAGAAGGAGGAGGCAGGUGGAGGAGCCAAGGCCUUGGAGAAGCUGUCCCCGGCCCUAUCUGUCAUAUUGGACUAUGACACUGAUGUCUCUCUGGAGAAGAUCCAGCCCAUCACACAAAAUGGACAGCAACCAACCUGAACUCCGAGAUGAAUCCUGCCAGCCAUGCUCAUCCCAAAAGCUAGAGGAGAUUUCUCUGGGCCUUGCUGUUAAGAAACUAAGGUGUGGUGAGACAGAUGUCAGGCGGGCCCUCCUCUGCUGCUUUCCCUCAGCGCACAACUGACUAUGUUUUAAACGCAUUCCAGUGUGUUUUCUGUUGUUCAUAGUGAAUCAAAGAGGGACACGUGAAGCGACUGUUCACAAGGGACGUGUCUUUGGCUCCAGAAUUAUUUUUAGAAACUGAUUCUUAUCUUAGGACUUUAAAAAUAGGACAAAGAGUCAACAAUGAACAGCUUCACUUAAAAAUUAAACCUUUCCAGGAAGGAAAUGAGAAGGGUUGAGUUUGCUGUAUACAAACAGGUGCUAACACUGGUCCAAGCAAAGUGUUCAGAUUGUGAAGGUAGGUGCAUGCCUUUAUAAACUAUUUCUAAA